CAUGAGUGUGAAUGAGUGAUGCAGCACAGGAACCACCUCUGCUCUGAAGGGGGCAGGCUGGGUGUCUGCAUAUGGAGCGACUGCACGGAGGAGACGCCUCUGAACACUCAACUUAUACAGACACAGAGCUGUUACACGUCUACAGCUCGAGCAAAGCCUGAUUUCGACAGCGGACGCCGCAGAGAAAGUCCUUCCUGACACCAGCCGCUCCGCGAGAGAAGAGACCCACACCCGCCUCUUCCGUCUCCCGCAGCUCGGGACUCUCUAACGCGGAUAAACGAUGACUUUCCACGCGCGAUUCCCACUCAAAACACCAGAGACUUUCUCGCCCGUGCUUACAGGGCGCGUUUCUUUAAUCUGACAUGGAGGAAAAUGCUUAAAUCCUCUCCUGCAUGCCUGGAAUUUUCUGCUGGGAACAGAAAGUGGGCGUUUUUCCCCGCACCGAAGCGCUGGAGGAUUCGUGCGAGUGCCGCAACUUGCAGCAACAUGCAAUAAGUCUCGAUUCAUAAGAUCGCACUGAUUCUGAGGUUACUGAGCGAUAUAAACUGGUCGAAAUGGCACAGGAUAAUGUGUACGACAGCCGCAGUAUUGUGGUGAAGUACAUCCACCAUAAGCUCUGGAAGAAGGGGUACGUGUGGGAAGUGAACGGACUGAUGAUGGGGAGGCAGGAGGACGGCUGCAUCUCUCCCGGCUCCCGUCACGACCCCCGCGGCGCUCUGCAUAAGGUGCUGCGGGAGGCCGGGGACGAACUGGAGCGGCUUUAUCAGUCGGACUUUGCGGAAAUGUCCAAACAGCUGCAUCUCACGUCCAUCACGGCGCAGCAGCGCUUCACCGCGGUCAUAGACGAGCUGUUCAGGGACGGCGUGAACUGGGGCAGAAUCAUCGCUUUUUUCGAGUUCGGAGGGACCGUUUGUGUCGAAUGCGUGAAUAAGGAGAUGACGGCACAUGUGGAUAACAUCGCAGGCUGGAUGACCGAGUAUCUGAACGGGCCGCUGCACAGCUGGAUCCAGGAGAACGGUGGCUGGGAGGCGUUUGUGGAGCUCUACGGCAGGCAGAGGGACUCUGUGUUUCGCAGCUCGUGGUCAUCGAUAGUAACGGUCUUUGGUCUAGCCGCUCUCGGGGCUGUUGGCUUGACCAUAGGAGCCUACCUUGCUCAGAAAUGAGACGCCUUCCCCUUCUCCAGUCGCUUGCCCUCUCUCUCCAUCCGAACCCCCUCCCCAGCUUUCCCCAAAGACAGUCGUGUCCCAGGACAGAUGCUCUUCAAAGCCUCUCUCCCACGCUCUACCAGGCUUUCUUCUCUGCCCUCAAACACAAAGACAGAAAAGACAGGAAACGAAUGUGCUGCCGACAGACCAUGACAGAAUGGAAGAGAAGAAAAAUAACGAAGUGAAAGAGACACUUUUGCUGUUCUUAUAUGUAAAAACGAUGGAGGUUUUGAAGGUCUGUGCUGAUUGACGACACCAGCACUCUCCAAAUGUCCUUUAGGAGUCAUGUUGAUCUUAAGAGACAGUCUGCACUAAACUACCAGCGCUGCUCUGAGUAGUUUUGGUAGCCCUUCUUACACCCAUUGCUCUUCUAGCUAACGUUUCUUGUGCCGCCAUCCUUGUAUCAGUUUGUAAGAAGGACCCUGAAGUACUGUGAGGAGGAAAAGAGAGAAAUGUAGAGACAAUGUCCCUCAAGCAACCUGAUUUUGAUGAAUUUUUGUGCUCACUGAAUGACAGAGGUGUGAGAGAUACAGUAUGCAGAGGCACAGCUGAAAAUGGGUAGUGGGAUGCCCGUCUCUCUUUGUAGCAAUUUAAAGAACUUUAUUAAAGACUUUCCUUGAAGUGAUUUGGGCCAGAAGGUAAUCAGAACGUCCCGAAUGGGAAAGUAGUUGUGAGACUGUAAGAGAGUCUUGGUUAGACACUUUAUUGACAUGUUUGACAGAUGCAUGUGAGUCGCUCAGUACAGUACGUUUAUUCUUCAUCAGUACUUCAGCUACACUAUGAGUUCACUGUAGCGUUCAUUCAUACACCUAAAGAAGCAGUUGGGUGGAUCUCAGAUCUGUCAAGAGCAAGUCAAGGUAAAAUUACAUCUCAAAAUCAAAAGGAAGAUAUAUUACUAUAUACACUACCGUUCAUAAGUUUGAGGUCAGUAAAAACAUUUUUUUAAAGAAAUUAAAACUUUUUAUUCAGCAAGGAUGCAUAAAAUUGGUCAAAAGUGACAGUAAAGGCUUUUAUGUUGCAAAAUCCUAAUUCAAAAUCACUCUUUCUUUUAAAUCCUGAAAUAUAUAUAUAUAUAUAUGUUAAGCAGCACAAUUGGUUCCAUUGCUAAUAAAUAUUUCUUGAGCAGUGAAUCAGAAUAUCAGAAUGAUUUCUGAAGGAUCAUGUGACACUGAAGACUGGAGUAAUGAUGCUGAAAAUACAGCUUUGAUAUAUUUAUAAUAGGAAACAGUUAUUUUAUAUGCUAAAAAUAUAAGUUUUUGAUCAAAUGCAUGCAUCCUUGGUGAACAUAAGUGAAGCACAGUUCUCCCCACCAUUCAGUUCUAUAGUAAUAUAAUGAUUUAAAUAAAAUACAUAGUACACACACACACAAACACACACACAUUGUGACUGGGACUUGCUUUCACAAAAAUCCAGAUUUUUCAUUACUAUUCGUAAUAUUUAAUUUCCCAAGCAUCAUGUUCAUGGAGCGCUUGGGUCUAGUGUAAACAAGUGGAAAUCUGCAACCGAAAUCCAUUCUGUGUUCCUUGGAUUUGGUGUUUACUGUUAUAUGUGCAAUCUUCCUGACGUCUGUUCCCAAAACAGCAGGCUUCAGCGUAAUCCUGCCGCAUGUUUAAAGGAUUGCCACACAGGAAAUUAAAGGUUCGAGUGCAAAACCUACGGACAAAAGCUACUGUAUACAGUGUGUACUUUGGUGCUUUUGCAUCGGACGCCUUUAGAUUCAUAACACAUGGAGCCACGAUUAAACUUCGGACAACAGAGAGAUGCACGACGUUCCCAGAAGGCGGCGUUAUGAAAUAUUUGCUCGCACUGGUGUAGGAUCAGAUGCCAUACGCUGCAUCGCUCCCUAUGGCUCUGUAUGGGGUGCUAAGAUACAUUUGAGAAAUGGGUGCCCUCUUUAGUAGAUCCUACAUCCUGAACCAGUCAAUGUUACUUGUUAUCUGACUUUAUGGAUGUAUGUUCACCUUACAAUGUGAUAUUGUCUAAAAUACACAUCCAGUAUUUUAUUAGGUGGUUGAUGGAUGGCUUUGCAAAUCAACCAUGUCUAGCCGAGCAGAAGAACAGGCUACACGUGUAAAAGGAGACUAUUAGCUACACGUCUGUAUAUGUGAUAGUGUGGUCAACAACAACAAAAUCUGUCUGAAAGGACUGAAGCUUUAUGUAAAACAAGUUCGCUUUCAAAAUGAGUGUCAUAGUGUCAUCAGUAGAUGCUGUUUGUCUCUCGUUUACAGCUGUGAUUCUCUCUAACACUAACAUUUGUUCAACAGAUUUCAUUCUUAUUUCACUUUUAUUUAUUUUUAGGUACCUUAAAUAGUUUGCUCCAGAAGAUCAUUUAGAGUUUUAUUCAUUUUAAAGUUUUAGUUUCUACAAAUGAUUUGGAGUAAAUAUGAAUCAGUGCUGCUUAAUGUGAAGAUUAGAGAUUCUAGAAAUCAUAAUUGAAUUGCCUGUUCUGUGUGGCAAUGUUAUGAAUAUUAAUACUUCUUUUCAUGUAGUCACUUCCACUGUUUCUGUAGCUGUAUGGAAAUUCAUAUCAAAGAACUUUAUUUUUUGUCUUACAUCCUUAACAGGAGCCCAAUGAAAUUCAUUUUGAUAUUGUAUUUUCACUACUGAUGAGUCAAUUUUAACAUGUCAAAAUAAUAAAUCAGAUUAUUUUAAAAUUAUUCAU